GUGUUACCUCUUCUUGUUUCAGCUGGUGAUGAUAGGUGAAUAUGACACCUCACCAUGUUAUACAAGCUAGGCAAUUGAGUCUUGCUGCUGACCUGUAUUUGGUGUUAUAAAUCCUUUUGGAGACAGAGAGACACCAUUCAUUCGUGUUUAGGGUUUGACUGAGGUUUAAAUGAAGAUUUGAGUUCUUAUUGCUGGAAGGACUUUUUACAGGCCAUUUAGUACAAACUGUACUAAAACCCAGGCUCAGAGAAGGAUCAGAAUGGUUUCAAUCCCAGAAUACUAUGAAGGCAAGAAUGUUCUCCUCACUGGAGCUACCGGUUUCCUAGGGAAGGUACUUCUGGAAAAGUUGCUGAGGUCUUGUCCUAAGGUGAAUCUAGUGUAUGUUUUGGUGAGGCAGAAAGCUGGACAGACACCCCAAGAGCGAGUAGAAGAAGUUAUCAGUGGCAAGCUCUUUGACAGAUUGCGAGAUGAAAAUCCAGAUUUUAGAGAGAAAAUUAUAGCAAUCAGCAGUGAACUUACCCAACCUAAAUUGGCUCUUAGUGAAGAAGAUAAAGAGAUCAUUAUAGAUUCUACCAAUAUUAUAUUCCACUGUGCAGCUACAGUAAGGUUUAAUGAAAAUUUAAGAGAUGCUGUUCAGUUAAAUGUGAUUGCUACACGACAGCUUAUUCUCCUUGCCCAACAAAUGAAGAAUCUGGAAGUGUUCAUGCAUGUGUCUACAGCAUAUGCCUACUGCAAUCGAAAGCACAUUGAUGAAGUAGUCUAUCCACCGCCUGUGGAUCCCAAGAAACUGAUUGAUUCUUUAGAGUGGAUGGAUGAUGGCCUAGUAAAUGAUAUCACCCCCAAAUUGAUAGGAGACAGACCUAAUACAUACAUAUACACGAAAGCAUUGGCAGAAUAUGUUGUACAACAAGAAGGAGCAAAGCUAAAUGUGGCCAUUGUAAGGCCAUCGAUUGUUGGUGCCAGUUGGAAAGAACCUUUUCCGGGAUGGAUUGAUAACUUUAAUGGACCAAGUGGUCUCUUUAUUGCGGCAGGGAAAGGAAUUCUUCGAACAAUGCGUGCCUCCAACAAUGCCCUUGCAGAUCUUGUUCCUGUAGAUGUAGUUGUCAACACGAGUCUUGCGGCAGCCUGGUAUUCCGGAAUUAAUAGACCAAGGAACAUCAUGGUGUAUAAUUGCACAACAGGCAGCACUAAUCCUUUCCACUGGGGUGAAGUUGAAUACCAUGUAAUUUCCACUUUCAAGAGGAAUCCUCUCGAACAGGCCUUCAGACGGCCCAAUGUAAAUCUAACCUCCAAUCACCUUUUAUAUCAUUACUGGAUUGCUGUAAGCCAUAAGGCCCCAGCAUUCCUGUAUGAUAUCUACCUCAGGAUGACUGGAAGAAGCCCAAGGAUGAUGAAAACAAUAACUCGUCUUCACAGAGCUAUGAUGUUUCUUGAAUAUUUCACAAGUAAUUCUUGGGUUUGGAAUACUGAUAAUGUCAAUAUGUUAAUGAAUCAACUAAAUCCUGAAGAUAAAAAGACUUUUAAUAUUGACGUACGGCAAUUACAUUGGGCAGAGUACAUAGAGAACUACUGCAUGGGAACUAAGAAAUAUGUUUUGAAUGAAGAAAUGUCUGGUCUCCCUGCAGCUAGAAAACAUCUGAACAAGUUGAGGAACAUACGUUACGGUUUCAAUACUGUCCUUGUAAUUCUGAUCUGGCGUAUUUUUAUUGCAAGAUCACAAAUGGCAAGAAACAUCUGGUACUUUGUGGUUAGUCUAUGUUACAAGUUUCUGUCGUACUUCCGAGCAUCCAGCACUAUGAGAUACUGAAGACAAGAAUUUAGCAUUAGAACAUCUAUGCAUAUGGUGGUCUAAAUGCACAAAAUGUAAAAUGUACUUAAGUCAUCUCACCUUUUGUCAAGACAUUAAACCAUCUUAGAUCGGAGUGUGGAGUAAAUUAUGGUACAUUUUAUGUAACAUUUUAAUGUUUAUGCUCAUAAAAACCUAGUGAACACAUGCAGUAUGCCAGCUCAAAUCUGCAAUAGCCACCAAAACCAUGACUUAAUAUUUGGAUCCCUCGGGAAAAGGGGUGGGGUGAGGGUAGGAGUGGGGACGUAGGAACACUGACCAGUAUAACUGUGCAAUUCUGGAACAUAUUAAUUAAAAUAUGCCUUAACGUAUAGUGAAUUUCUAAUUCUAAUAUUUAGUGCAAUGGAAAGCAUUUAUUUGGACAGGGAUACUAGCGAAGUUGGUAGGUAUUUGAUUUCUCAGUGUUUAAUUUUUUUCCUCAGUUGAAGGGUUUUAGUUUAAUAAAAUUAUAGCCAAACUAUUUUCACAUUAUCCUGUAAGUUGUUGAGUGAUUUCAGACAUGAAAGACGUGUUCUCAUUUUUCUUUCUCUGAUUAGAGGUCUGAUGCAUAUCAUUUUUCUAUAAGCAAUCAGUUGCUUUCAUAAUCAGAAGGCUUUCUACGUAUUAUUUUAAAGAUCUUACUGGAUCUAAAUGGGUUUGAAAAUCCAUAUCAACAUAUGCUAUGGGUUUCUUGAAGGAAAAUUAAAAUGAAUUCAAUAAGACGAUUAGCGUCAAAAAAUUAUACAUUUUUCUUGUUCACAUUAUGACCGAAUAAAAAUCGAUCCUGUGAUGUGUUGUUCUUGUUUUGAAGUUGGAGGAUUUCUUGAGACUUUGGUAAAUGGGGGGGGGGGUUGGGAAGGGACUCACCAUACUUGUGCUCUCCUCCCUUUAUAAAUUUUAUUAAUAAGACUUUAAAAAGGCUUAUACUGUCUUUCCAGUGAAAACUGAAAGUACAUUAUUAUGGAAGAAUGUAUUUGCAGGUAGUCACAACAUUAAGAAAAUGUUCUCACAUGUGUGUAAACAUAUGUUAACCCUUUUAACCCUGAGAGCUAAAUUCCUUCAAGAAAAAUAAAAUAAUGCAUAAAAUAAUGUAUAUAAAAUUAAAGACUUUAUUUACAUACCACGUAAAGUAGCAAACUGUUGAAUGAGUUUGAAGAUAUUUAUUUUUUCUGCAUGUGGUUUUAGCUUUAGAAAGAAAUGCAUUAUAGAAACAAGCAAUAGUAAGAAAAUUAAUGUAUAUUUUAAUGAUAUAAUUCCCUUUAAACCUUAAUAGUAGUUAACGCUCCUGUUUUAACAUAUAUUUGGUUUAACAGAUCAGCAUAACGUUCUAAUUUAGCUGAUCAAGUUGUACUAUAUUUAAAUCAUCAACAGUGUAUCUUGAAUAUGUUGAAUGAGGUCAUUUCACAAUAUAAAAAGUUUCAUAGACCUUUACAUUUUAAUUUUCUUUGUCAUUUUAAAUGCAGUGCAAAAGAAGUUUAUUUUGUUAUUGUGAAAAAAAACUAAAUGUAAAGGAAAUCACCUUCUUCCAUGCAGGUGUGUAAUCUUGAAAAGGAAAAGUGCUUCCAUGUUGAAGCCAGAUUUUCCGUAGUAAAACAUUUAAACAUUAUUUUAAAAGAAAUAUGUAUAUAAAUACAUAUGUAUUCUUUGGAAUGAUACUAAAGUCUGGUCUAGGACCAAACCUGGUUUAGGGUGUGAGAGACAGACCAUAACAGUAUCUAAAGAUGGAAUAAAUGGUGAUGCCUUUGAUUUCAAGUGGCCCGCGUAAUUAACAUAGAUGCUGUGUACAUUGAGUGCCCAUCUCUCCAAAUACAUUUGAAUAAUGUGUUGAAAACAUGCUCACAUUUGUAUGAUUUUUAUACUUCUGCCAAAUAUACUGAGAAUCAGAUGGACUGUAUUUGUAUCUUGAAAAUGAAUCAGGUACAACUUCAGUAGGCAUGUGAAAUACACACGGGGUGUGUGUCUUUGGAACUAUGUCAUUGUUCUUGUAAUCUAACAAAGAAAUGCUCAGUGGGAGGGUGCUGAGGCCACUGCAUUUAUUUUGUGUAUUUAGAAUUCUGUUGUGUCAAAAGAAAGCUAAUGAAUAAAUUAACAUGUCAUUCCAGAA